AUGUCUGAUCCAAAUAAAAGACGAAUUUCAACUGAAUACACGCUAAUAUCAAGUCCUGUGCUAACAAAUUUAAAAAAACAACUCCAAAAAACAACAUCGAUAAAUGUGUUACCCAAACCGUAUGAAGUGAAACGAAAAAAACAACGGAGAAAAAUACAAUUGGAUCCACAAUUGUAUGCUAAAGAACAAUUACGUUUAUUGGCAUUUGAAACACCUGAAGGUCAUUUGGAUAAACGUACUGAAAAACGAAUUAAGAAAUUGAUACCAACACCUUUAUGUGAACAAUUUCCACCAUUGUUUUCUAAUUUAUUUCGAAGUAUACAAGAUGAAUAUGGUAAAUUUAUCAAAACAAUCGCAGCUGAACAGAAAAUCGUUACAGAAGCUCCACAAAUCGUUCCAAUUACUAUAAACGAUUAUGGCAUAAAAUUUUCGAAUGAUGAAUUAAUCGAACGUAAAGCUUACUUAGAAAGGCGUUUAUUUAUCACAACGCUCUUAAUGCGUUCGAUUAAUUACAAAUCAUGCACACAGUACUUAGAAACUUUAAUCGAAUUCGAUAGUUAUCGAGAUAAUAGUAAAAGUAUUCAAAUCGCUGUCCUUCGAGCACGAAUUCGAGAAGAUCUUGAAAAUGGUAAAUCACAAACAAUUCAUUUAUUAUGUAAACAUACAAAUUCAUUAAUCGAAUCUAAAAAAUUACCAAAAUUUGUCGACAUCGAUUUAAUGUAUGUAUAUUCAUCAUGCGUAAAACACUUUCUAAGUUUAAAAAUUAUGGAAUCACUUUAUCGGACUGUAGAAAAUUUUAUCCAUGUUUUACAUAAGCCGGAGAAAGUUCCAUUGUUAAAAUUUCAAUUACAAGUAACCAAUGAACUCGAAUUAAUACCGAAUUGUGGACAAGUUUUAAAAUUUUAUCACAGUUUAAUCGAAAUAUUCGGAAUCCAUGAAAUGGAAUCAAAUCAAUUGGGACGUUUAAAAAUUGAAAUACCUAUGUAUUUAUCAGAAUGGGCUCACCAGGAAAUUGAUAUCUCAAUUGAGAAUUUAGUAAAACCCUUACAAGAUCAUAUUGUUAAUCUCGAUGCGACCUAUUCUCAAUUUUGGAACGAUGAAUAUAUCAACGAUUUAAAGAAUUACUACAAAAAUCAUACUUUCGAACAAUGUAGCGAAAAAUUUCUAGAGUUGCAAACUUUUAAAACAAAAGUGACCCAAUUAUUCCCGUACGAAUAUUUUCAAAUUGGAAUUUUGGAGCAAACCAGCUUUAUUGAGACAAUUCAGCGAAAACUGAGUAUAUGUAUUGAGAAUGUUUUAAAUUCACUAGUUUUGAAUAACUUCGAAACAAAUCAAAAUAUUUGUAAGGAGUUUAAAACAAUUGCACAGAAAGCAUCGAAAAUUUCUGACAAUACCGAAGAUUUAAUGAACAUGAAUAAAUUUAUGUUGCACGUAAAAAAUGAACGUAUUCAUGAAUUACGAAAAAAUGUUGAAAAUUCGAUGCUACAAGCUACCGAACUACUUUCGAUGACAACAAUUAAUCCCGAACAUAUUGCGUUAAACUCGAAGACAAUUGUUUGGACACGUCGAAUUGAUAAAAUCUUGGAAAAGAAUACGGUAAUGUUUGAACAGCGUAAAAACGAAUUAGAAGAAGAAAUGCAGAAACAGAUUGAUGAGCUAACGCGAGAUGUGCAACAUUUUGCGAAUAACUUACAAAUUUUAGAUGAUAUGUCCGAUUGUACAAAAACGGGAACGUAUGUGAAUCAUUUAAAAAAAAUGCGAGCAACUAUUGAGAUAUUUGAUAAGAAACAGAAAUGGAUUAAUCAUGAGGAAGUUUUAUUUAAAUUUCCACCAUCCACAUUUACCGAUUUGGAAGAUUGUAAGGAUAUUAUAUAUACAUUCACGGAUCUAAUAAUGCAAUGUCAUAGUUGGUUACGGACGUAUUCCGUGUUUAUGAAUGGACCUUGGGAGAAUUUAUCCUAUGAAUAUGUGCUGACUUCCGUGGAAAAGUAUAAAGAAACUUUCAUGAAGUAUCAAAAACAGUAUAACACGAAAAUUCGACAACAAAUUACUGAUAAUGUUGCACGACGAUUUAAAGGUAUGGUUGACGAUCCAGACUUUCAUAAUCAUCCAGCACCGUUGAAACUAUGUACAACAGCCUUAAAAUAUUUGACCGAUUUUGAACCAAACAUUGAAAAAAUUCGAAUCCUGUGUAAUCCAGCCUUGUUACAACGUCAUUGGGAUGAAAUGAGUGUGGUAAUUGAGCGUGAUAUUACACCGAACGCUGGCACAACAUUAGAUAAAGUGAUUAAAGAAAAUUUACAACCAUAUUUAGAACAAUUUGAUAUAAUCAGUGUGGCAGCAAUGAAAGAAUUAAAAUUACAAGAGAAUUUACAUAUUAUGAAAGAACAAUGGGAAACAAUUGCUUUUGAAACGCAACAAUGGAAGCAAAGUGAAUUAAUGAUUUUAUAUAAUUUGGAUAAAAUUUAUACGAUUUUAGAUGAUCAUAUUAUUCAAACGUUAACAAUGCGUGGAUCAGUGUUUGUGAAGCCUGUUGAAAAUGAGGUACGAAUAUGGUAUGAAACAUUACUUGAAAUCCGUGCAAAUAUAGAGAUUUGGUAUCGAUUACAAAAUAACUGGUUACAUUUAAUACCAGUCUUAACCUGUGAUUAUAUUUCAUGUGAGUUACCAGAUGAAACUGAAUGGUUUCAAACAGUUGAUGGUCAACUUCGAAUGUUUCUUGAAACUGUUAAAAACACACAAAACGUUGCUAAAAUCACCACCAAUAUCGAGCUAAAUCGGCAACUCCUCGAAAUUAAUAUCCUCUUAGAUAAAAUCAACAAUGGAAUUAACACUUUUAUCGACGAAAAACGAUUAUAUUUUUCACGAUUUUUCUUCUUGUCGAACAAUGAAAUCUUACGAAUUUUAUCUUACUCGAAAUGUAUUACGAAAUUAAUACCAUUUGUACGAAAAUGUUUCGAAAAUGUUCACUCCAUGAAAAUAACCGACAAUGUUAUUGAAUCCAUUUCAAGUGAAUUCGAAACGAUUCAACUAAAAACGCCCAUAGUGCGAAAGGAUUUCAGUGUAUGGACUCUAUUUCGACAAAUCGAAGAUGAAAUUUGUGAAACUAUAAAGCAAUAUAUUUAUAAGGCGAGUCAGGAUCAUUAUUUUAUGUCACGCUUAAAAUGGUUUCAAAAAUGGCCACAACAAGUGAUUUUAAUUGUAUCGAAAUUUAAUUGGACCAAAGAAUGUGAGACAUGUUUAACAAAGACCCCAAAAAAUUUAAUUACCUACAAAAACGAUUUGGGGCAACAAUUAAACGAGCUUACUCAAAUGUUGCAUUCGAACGAUUUAACUUUUCAAUUAAAAUUAAAACUUGUUGAAUUAUAUGCACAAAAAUUACAUAAUCAAUCGAUUAUCGAUUAUUUAAUUGAGAAUGAAAUCGAUUGUAUUAGUUCGUUUUAUUGGAUGAUACAGUUCCGGUAUUAUUGGGAUCAAAAAGACGUCCAUGUGCGAUUACUUCAAAUCGAUAGAUGUUACCAAUAUGAGUAUUUAGGAGUAAAACCGCGUUUAGUACAAACUCCAAACACUGAGCGCUGUUAUCGUACAUUUAUGGCGGCAUUUCAAUUUCAAUUAUAUGGCUGUUUAGAAAGUGCUGAAAUAUCGGGUAAAACUGAAACAUUUCACGAUUUAUCGAAGAUUUUUGCUGUACAGUAUAAAAUCUACAAUUGUCGUGCUAACUUGGAAUAUGACGCAGUUAUACGUUUUAUUAAGGGUACCGUUUCUUCAGGGGCCUGGUUUUGUUUUGAUGAUUUUAAUUACACGGAACUUGGAGUCCUUUCAGUUUUAGCACAAUUUUUAAAGAAUAUUUCGCAAGCAAUUCGAUUAAAUACGGAGACAGUCAAUAUUCACGAUAAAUCUUUAAAGAUGAAGCAUUCAUGUUUCAUUGGUGUGACACUCGCUUGGGAUUAUCCAAGGAAUAUACCCGAUAAUUUACGAUUGAUGUUUCGUAACUUUUAUAUUUGCGAACCAGAUAAAAAAAUUGUUUGCGAAACGCUGUUAGCUUCCUACGGUUUUACCAACUAUCAAAAUUUAUCGAGGAAACUACUAUUAUUAUACGAUUAUUGCGCAGAAAUGUUUCAUGCAAAGUUGUAUGAUUUUCAAAUACGUAGUUUAAAAGCGAUACUAGUGACAUCUGGUAGAUGGAAAAUUGAACAUAACUUUAAUGGAAAUGAAUAUCAGAUCAUUUUAACAGAAAUUAUUAAGCGAAAUAUACCGCAAUUGAAUUUAAGUGACAUUCCAAGAUUUGAAAAUUUGUUAAAAGAAAUUUUUCCAAAUUUGGAACUAAAUUACACCAGUGAAGAAGAUCGCACGUUGAUUGAAUCCAUUGAAAAAAUUUGUAUCGAAAAGCAAAUCACUCUAACACAAGAUAUUUUACGAAAAUUUGUCCAAUUAUAUUGGCUCAUCGAAAAUAAUCAUGGAAUUUUACUUACAGGUGAUGCAUUUUCUGCAAAAAGUGUUUCGCUAGAUGUAAUUCGAACUUUACUUAACGAACAUCCAGCGGUUAUUAUUGAAGGAAUAUGUGCGCAAAUUUAUAAUCGUAAACAAACAAAAAAUCAAGUUAACGAAGAAUGGAUUAUAUAUGACGGUCCAAUUGAAAAUAUUUGGUUUAAUUUCUUAUAUCCGGCAUUAGAUAGUUGUGGUCAAAUUUGUUUACAAUGCGCAGAAACAAUAUUGAAAACUGAUCGAUUAAUAAAUAUAUUUGAGACAUCAAAUAUUGAGAAUUUGUCACCGAAUAUUAUAUCACGUUGCGGGAUCAUUUGCUUCGAUACGGUACAAUGGAAAAUUAUUUUCGAGUCUUGGAUAAAACAGGUGAAUCCACUUUGGGGUUCCAAAUAUGUUGAAUCGAUUACCGAUAUGGUUAAUUGGAUUAUUCCACCAUGUUUGGAAUUUAUUCGAGCUCAAAAAGGUUUUCAUUUAUAUUUAAGUGAUACAAAUUUAAUUCGUUCGACCUUAAUACUAAUGGAAAUGAUUCUAAACGACGCAUGUAACGAAAAUAUGGAAGACAUUAAACACGUAAAAGGUGUUUGGAAAUAUUGGCCAGACAUAAUAAAAUCACCCAAAAUUGAAGAGAUUAAUUUAAGCGAACAAAUAGUUCCUACAUUAAAUUCAGCGCGCCAAAUGUAUUUACUUGAAAUGCAUAUUCGGCAUAAAAAUAAAUUUUUAUUAAUUAGUGACACGGGUUGUGGAAAAACUCGAUAUGUGAAAGAUUUACUAACAAAUAAAUUACCAAAAAAUGAUUUUGAGAAAACUUACAUACAUUUAACGCGAAAAAUGUCAAGUCAUGAUGCAAUUGAUUUAUUUUUAUCGAAAUUCGAAAAGUUAACUAGCAGUAAAUAUGGUGCAUCCCCAGGAAAAACUCGUGUCGCUUUUGUCGAUGAUAUACAUUUAUCCAUCCGUGAUGAGUCUGCAAGUCAAGCACCGAUUGAAUUAAUCCGCCAAUAUUUCGACCAUCAGUUUUGGUACAGCGAAAAAGAAAAUCGAAAAAUUACAAUCCAAAAUGUUUUAUUUAUCGGUGCAAUUGGAUUUAUUGGGGGACAAUUACCAAAUAUUUGUCAGCGAUUUUUACAUCAUUUUACACCAUACAUUCUACCAAUGAUCGAAAAUGAUAGUUUAGAGAAAAUUUUCAGUUGCAUUUUGUUCCAUAACAUGAAAGACAACGGUUUCCCCACGGAUAUUGUUGCGAUUAUUAUGAAUAUUAUCCAAGUUACGAAUAUAGUUUAUACAAAAAUUCGUACCGAAUUAAAAGCUACCCCGAACACAAGUACCUACAUGUUUAAUUUAUACGAUUUUGAAAAAUUAAUCCGCGGAUAUUCACUGUUUCGUAAAUCAUCGAUGACCAGUAAAAAAAUGUUACCACGUUUAUGGGUUCAUGAAAUGUUACGAGUUUUCUCAGAUCGAUUAGCAACCGAUCACAAGGAAUGGCUUCGAGAACAAUUAAUCGAACCGCUUCAGGAAUAUUUUAAGGAUGAUUUUCAAACGAUCUAUGAAAGUUCUGAUCACGAAAUUAUCAACACGGUUUGUUAUAGUGAAAUUCUACGUGAUCCUAGAUGUUACAAAGAAACAUCUAUUUCAGAUUUCGAAAAAGUUCUUAUAACUCAAUUAGAGAACUUUAACUUAAAAAACAAUCAGAAAUUAGAUUUAACAGUACAAAAUUACACCGCUCAACAUUUUGUGCGCAUAUGUCGCAUUUUAAGUCAUGCGGGGGGGAGUGCGUUGUUAAUUGGACAAAGUGGUUCGGGACGCGAAUCGUUAAUACGAUUAGCGGCGAGUGUAUUUGAAUACAACCUCUAUGUUCCCGAUGUCAAACCGAAUUAUAACUUUGACGAUUGGAGGCAGAAUAUCAAGCAAGUAUUAUUACAAGUUGGAGGAUUGGGAAAGAAAACAAUUUUCCUAAUCAAAGAGCAUCACUUAAAGGAUGAUAAUUACUUAUACGAUAUUCAUAGUUUGCUUACCUUAGGGGAAGUGCAAAAUAUGUACACGAUUGAAGAGUUACAGAAAAUUUUGGAAACAACUCGCGUUGCCGCUCAAAAAGGGAAUCGAUCCUUGGAUGUCAGUGUUACAGAUAUAAUGGACUUUUAUGUAACACGAUGUCGAGAAAAUUUACAUAUUUUUAUAUGUUUAUCUCCGAAAUCGAAAAAGUUGCGAGACUAUCUUCAAUCAUGUCCAGCAUUGUUGAAGACAUGUACGAUUAAUUACUUUGAUGAAUGGCCGCCAUUUAUGUAUCAAAAUAUUGCUGAGAAUAUGGUUAGUUCACUAAAUUUAACAACCGAAUUAAAAUCACCGUUACCGAAUGCGUUUCGGAUCUUUGAUAGCACGAUGCGAAAAUUAUCGAAUGAGAUAAGUAUACGGACAAAUAUACGGAACAAUAUCACAUCUGGAGCGUAUAUGGACUUUUUAAAGUGCUACAAAACGCUCAUGAAUAAGAAGCAAAAGGAAAUUAUGGACGCCCGGCAAAAAUAUCAAAUGGGGUUGGAUAAAUUAUCAUUUGCAACCGAGCAAGUUGUGCUCCUACAAAACGAAUUAGCGACCUUGAAACCACAGCUAAUACAAAUGGGGGAACGAGCUGCAGAAAUGGGUAAGGUGAUCGAGCAAGAAACUAUUGCUGUAGAGAAAGCAAGUCAACUUGUGCGUGAAGAAGAAAAAAUAGCAAAUGUACAAGCGGCCGCUGCACAGAGUUUAAAAAGUGAGUGCGAAGCUGAUUUAGCACUAGCUAUUCCUAUCUUAGAAGAUGCUAUAAAUGCGUUGAAUACGCUUAAACCAACUGAUAUUACGCUGGUUAAAUCCAUGAAAAAUCCACCGGAUACAAUUAAAUUAGUUAUGGCAGCGGUAUGUGUGAUUAAAGAAAUUAAACCAGAUCGAUUACCCGACGCGGCUACUGGUAAAAAAAUUAUCGAUUAUUGGGGUCCCAGUAAGCGUAUUCUAGGAGAAAUGAACUUCUUACAACAGCUUAAAGAAUUCGAUAAAGAUAAUAUUCCGCCAACUGUUAUGGUAAAAAUUCGUAAGGAAUAUUUACCAAAUAAGGAUUUCCAGCCUCAUAUUGUUGCGAAGGCAUCUAGUGCUGCCGAAGGAUUAUGUAAAUGGGUAAUCGCCAUGGAUUUAUAUGACAAAGUUGCAAAAGAGGUUGCUCCCAAAAAGGCAAAGUUAAUGAUCGCUGAAAAUAAGUAUGCAAAUACGUUAAGUAUUUUAAAUGAGAAACGUCGAAAGUUUUCUGAAUUAAAAGAACGUUUGGAGGCAUUAAAUCGACAAUUAGCCGAAGCGAAUCGAGAUAUGAAACGUGUGCAAGACGAAGUCGAUAUAUGUACCAAAAAAUACCAAUGUGCACAAAAAUUGGUAAACAGUUUGGAAUCAGAAAAAUCAUAUUGGACGUCCACUGUUGACGCACUUAAAAAAGCAUACGAUUAUUUAAUCGGCGAUUUAUUAUUUUCAUCGUGUAUAAUCGCAUAUAUGGGCCCGUUCUCAUGGAAAAAUCGUGAAAUGAUUUUUAUUCAUUUACGAGAUCAUUUAAUCGAAUUAAAGAUCGAAUUUUCGGAUAAUUUUAAUUUUGCCCGUUUACUAAAAGAUAAAAGUUCGAAGGAGGUUGUUUCGUAUAAAAUUCGUAAUAUUACCACCGAUAAUAAAACAAUUAUUCAUAAUACGAAUCGUCGAUGUUUGUUAAUCGAUCCCCAACUACAAAUGUAUCAUUGGAUCCAAACGGUUGAGACAAAUUUGGAAAUUGUGAAAAUCACUGAUCAGAAUAUAAUGGAAACUUUAACGCAAAACCUGAAAAUUGGACGGCCUAUGUUAAUAUCAAAUUUAAAAUUAAACGUUGAUGUUGCGUUGAUGCCAUACUUAUGUCAAAAUUUUUACGAGCGUGACAAUCAAACGUAUUUAAACGUGAACGCAACCGAAAUUCCUUUUAAUCCAGACUUUCGAUUAUAUUUAACCACAACUUUACCGAAUCCCCAAUACAAUGAUGAGUAUGCGAUUGAUACUUUGGAUCGAUCAAAAAUUGAACUUAAAAUCACUCAACAAGAUCAGAUUACAACCGAUAAUGAGUUGAAUAACAUUGAAAUUAUUUUACAAGAAUAUAAACCGGUUUCGGUCCACGGUGCAACCGUUUACAAGUGUUUACUAUCGUUAUAUAAUCUCAAUUAUAUGUAUCAAUAUUCAUUGAGAUGGUACAUGAACUUAUUUGAGACAUCAAUCUCAAAAGCACCAAAAUCGAAAUUAUUACCAAAACGGAUUGAGAAUUUAAUUGAAAAUUUUGCGAAAACUGUUUUUAAUAAUAUUUCCCGAUCAUUAUUCUCAAAAGAUGCACUUUUAUUCUCAUUUCUUCUUUAUUUGAGUCUUGAGGAAUCUUUUUUGAAGGAUAAAGAAUGGGAGAAGUUUGUAACUAAACGCUUAUUUUUACAAUUUCCUUCUGAAUGGGAUCAAAAAUUAAAAUUAUUUGAGAAAUUAAUUCUCAUUAAAGUUUUACUGCCGGAAUGUACGUUAAAUUAUUUAAAAAUCGUUGUAUCCGAAGAAUUAGGGAAUAAUUUUGUAAUUCCCCCGUUAUAUAACAUUGAGCGAACGUAUCAAAGUUCGUAUAACACUAAAAUUAUAGUUAUUUUGACGACUCCGGAUGUUGAUCCUGUGAUAUCCGUACAAAAAUUCGCGUUAAAAAUGGGAUUAACAACGAAUUUCGAAACAAUAUGUUUUGCACCAGAAUGGAUGCCAAAAUUAGAAAUGUUAUGUGAGAAUUUUAAACCAAAUCCAAAUUUUCGUUUAUGGUUAAUCACCGAUAUGACCGAACAUUUUCCGACGUAUAUUUUACAAAAUUGUACGAAAGUCACGAUUGAUACACAGGAUGGCUUUAAGGAGACGUUAAUCGCAGGCUAUAAUUCCGAUUUAAUUGGGAAUACGGAUUAUUACAAUCAAUGUCCAGGAUAUGAUAAAAUGUUUCGACGGGCGAUUUAUAGUUUAUGUUAUUUUCAUGCAAUGGUUAAGGAACGUCAAAGAUAUGGACAACUAGCCUGGACUUAUCCAGUCAAAUUCAAUAAUUUCGAUUUGAAUAUCUCGUUACGACAAUUAUCCGUUUAUAUUCGAAUGGAACAUCGGAUUCCGUUUUUAUUAAUGAAUUACCUUAUUAGUAACUGUAAUUAUGGAGGUAAAACCGUUAAUUUUUGGGAUCAAAGAUGUUUAACCCAAUUACUCAACCAAGUUUUUAAUGUUGAUAUAAUCAAAUACGAUCUAUGUUCAUUUUACGAUAAUCAAAUCGAGUAUCGAGUUCCAAGAAAACUAGAACAUUUUGAUGUAAUUAACCAUAUAAAUAAUAUUCCAAAAAUCCAACCGCCUGAAAUUUAUUGGCUCAACCAAAACGAUGAGACUGUGAAAAACUUAAAAGAAUUAAACUCCUUUAUCCAUAAUAUUUAUUUAGUUAAAAACUAUCAAAAUCAAUCCAGAAGUUUGAAUAAUAAAAUCAAUGAAACGAUUAGCGAAACUAUAAAUUCAAUACCCAAGUUGGAUCAAGUAAUUGCGAUUAAAUCCAAAUUUUAUAAUAAAUUAACAAAUGAUAGCUUUAGUGAUUUAGUUUAUGGCGAAAUGUUGUACUUCGAAAUGUUACUAGAGAUUAUGAUCAAAGAUUUGCAUAACCUAAAAAGAGCGUUAAAUGGAUCGAUUACGUUAACGGAUGAAUUAAACGUAAUUUUUGAACGAUUUCAAAUGAAUUAUGUUCCAAUAAUUUGGCUAAACAUUGCAAUGAAUUCCAAACAUACAUAUCUCGGUGAUUUUAUCCAGAAUGUGAAGCGACGUUUUGAUUAUUUUUGGCAAUGGUAUGAAAACGAAACUAUACCGAAAAUAUUCGAUUUAACAAUUUUCUUUUUGCCAAAAAAACUGUUGUACACAAUUAUAUUUGAAUAUGCUCUGAAAAGCUGUUUACCAAUUGAACAAAUAUCGUUAGAUUUUCGAAUGGAUGUCGAUAAUACCGAUAGCUAUUAUUCUAUUUCGGGAUUGUAUAUAAUUGGAGCAUGUUGGAAUUGGGAUACAAAAUCUUUGGAUUAUGUAAAAUCGGGUAAUAUUUACACAGAGAUGCCAAAUAUUAGUGUGGUACCGAUUCAAGAACCAGUAGUUGUGUUCGAUAUGUAUCGUCAAAUUGUCGAACUGUCGUUAUCUGAAGCCAAAGCAUGA